UGAACUUCAAGCUGUUAAAACGAACCUCUUAAAACGAACCUCCCCCAUCUCUCCAUCUAAUCCCACAUCCCACGCCCAACAAACAAGAUUGCAGACUCCCUCACCCGCGCUCAGCCAUGGACAACCAAGCAGGCCCCCAAAUCAUCGCUCACUCUCCCGUGCCGCCACACCCCCACACCCACACUGUCAUCUUUCUUCACGGCCGCGGCGACACCACCAACGGCUUCACCCGCUUCCUGUACAACUGGCACGACUCGUACGGCCGCACCCUCUUCCAGACAUUCCCUACCUUCCGCUGGGUGUUCCCACAGGCCCCGCUCCGCCCCGUGGCCAACGCAGCUGCCGGAGUCCCCAGGGGUAUGUACCAGUGGUUCGAUGUCUGGAACGUGCAGGAUUUUGCCGAGCGGGAGGAGGUCCAGCUGGAAGGGCUCAGGGAGACGGUGCCUUUCGUCAGGGAGCUGAUCAGGCUCGAGGCGGAGCAGCUCGGCGGCCGCUGGGAUCGGGUUGUGCUGGCGGGGAUCAGCAUGGGCGCUGCGACUAGCGUGCACACGCUGUUUAACCUGGAGGUUCCGGCCGAGGGCGGAGGCCGCCUGGCGGCUUUCAUGGGGUUCUGCGCCAGAUGCCCGUUUGCGGGGAGGGGGCUGAGAGGGAUGAGGGAGGUGCUUGCGCUCGGGGAAGGCUGGCCGACCGGUGACGAGUCGGAGGUUCUGCGACGCACGCCGAUGCUGCUGGAGCAUUGCACGGAUGAUCCGCUGGUGAAGGUUGGGAAGGGGCGUGGGUUGAGGGAUACCCUGAGAGAGUUCGGGGCACAGGUUGAGUGGAAGGAGUAUCCGAGUGGGGGCCAUUGGUUCACAGAGCCUGAGGGCAUUGACGACGUGGUUCAGUUCUUGAACAGGGCCCUGGGAAAUGCAGGCCCUAUGGCUGUGACUGCAGGCGCGCAGACAGGCCGAGCGGGCCAGGACGCCAUGGAAAUGUCCUGAGCAGUUGAUACCAUCAAUCCUGAUGCUAUUCUUACACUACGUCUGAUGGGAUAGGUGGAUCGCUAUCAACAUGCUGAGCCGAAGAGCACUGAAUGAAGGGACAGCAAAGACAGAAGCAGAGGAGGGAGCCUACGUCGGACAUGCUAUGAAAGGAGUCGAUGCGGCCAUGAAACUGAAGUAAUUGAACUAACGGCUUAUAUCAAUGCAGCCCACUGAAUAGAACGCAGAAGGUGCGAAUUGCUCAUAACGUUGUCAAGCAGGUGAAUACAGACAAGGUUGCUCAGGCAACGGAUAUCAACAAGUGUUAUCAGUGGCGAUCUAUCUCAUCAUUGGUAAUAACUAAGUAGCCUCGACUAGGUACUGUAGGUAAGUCAAAUCUGAGAAGCUCCGGGUAUUACCUUUUGAAUCAGGACAUCUUUGAUGGACAUAGUCUUCAGGGU